AUGGGUUCAUUCAGGAAAGUACUGCAUAGUGCCCAGCACGUUUUAACACUGUUCCACUGUGCUAGAGUGCAUAAACGUGAAAUAGGCAGUUUUGGAAUUGUCAUGUAUGUUGACUCUGCAUUUCCUAAGCAAUGCCAUAAUUGUUUCAUAGAGGAUUAA